ACACAUGUUCAAUACUUCCUGUUCUAAAAAUAUAACGUAAACAAAUUUAAACAUGUACAAGGCUUUAAUAUUAUAAGUUAUACAAAGUGAAAAUGGCUUUAUAUCUAAUUUUAAGUUUUGCAAUACUGACAUUAUGUGUAAGUGGAGAUUUUUUUAUCUAACCUCGAUAAAUUAGACAUUGAUACUAAACUCAGGGAAAUAGAUAAGGCAAUUAAUGCUAUUGAUAGAGGUGACGAGUCUGUGAUAGACAAUGUUAAAGCCAAGAAACAAAAACCUAAGAUGGAGGAAGAUGACCCGGCCGACUUGGGUUCCGCAGUGGAGAUGCUGGCAGGCAUGUUUGGUGGCGGAGAAUGCACAUACAAGUGUAAAAAUGGAAAUAAACCAGUGGCAAAGGCGGAGCAUGUACCUACAUCGGAUGGGUGUGGCUCGAGUGGUAUAAAGAUCGAUACGGAUGACAUACCAGGGGCUGAGGACUGUUGUCACGAGCACGAUUACUGUUACGACACGUGCAAUUCAGACCGUGCCAAGUGCGAUAAAGAGUUCAAAACAUGCUUACAUGAUACAUGCAAUAAACUGAAAACGUCCAAAAGUAAAAAGAAAAUUUCAUAUAAAGAUUGUAAAGGGACGGCAGAUAUAAUGUACAGCGGUACUCUAGCUUUAGGAUGUGAUCCCUUCCUCAAGGCACAGGAGAAGGCUUGUCACUGCAGGAAUACUCCUAAGAGUGGAAAUGACAAGAAAUUAAACCAGAAAAAUGAUGCUAAAAAGAAAUCGGCACCGGACAGCGCAAAGAGCGAUAAAAAGAUUAGGAAUUCACAGGGACGGCGCAGUGAUGAGUUGUAGCCCUUCCAUUACUUCGUUAUCGUGAAAGGUUAUAUUUAAUAUUGGUAGAAACCCAUGCCGAAUGUUGAUUCAAUGUGAAAGAUACUUGAUGCGCCAAUAAGUCAAACGUCACUGAAAAAAAUAAAUUUUAAAUAAAGACUUCAUUAAAAUUUUAUAGAUACCAAAAAAGAAUUGAACACGAGUCGCUUUAAUAUCUGUCUAUUCGUCAAAAUUUAAGAUGCUGUGAACAAGGUUUUACCGUGAAUUCCAUAUCGAAAGAACGUUACCAUGCGAUCAUGCGAUGGUAAUACUGUAUAUGUAAGCGAGAAACAGCUGUAUGUGUCACCAGGUGACAGUAAAGAUAACUUAAAUAUAUUUCCAAAAACUUACAUUUUAUUUUCUUUUGAAACUAUUCCAACUGUUAACCUUUGAUUUAAAUCUCAAAUCUGUUUUUCAGUUUUACAACGAAUUUUCUGUGACCAGAUGCAUUUACGUUAGGAAAUCCGUGUGUGUAUUUGUGAUAUGUACUUUAGUUUUAUUUUUAAAUGCUGCUUUAUUUUUACAGUUAUUUGUCUUUUUAUUUUAAUAAAGGGAUGAUAUUUGAA